AUCUAUUGACGAUCACUUAUAUACCGCAACGCUGACCUUGCUGCUUCCAUGAACAAGAUGACCCCAUACUAGACACCAAAACAUUCACACGCACAGAAGGCUUUCUAAUCCGUGCGUAUGCAAAUGGCAUAUCUCUGGUCCAUCAGCCAUAACCGGAACUUGUGCCUUUGCAGAGGCUGGAUUUGGGAAAUAAUGUGUAUAGCACGACGAUGAUGUUAUAGCCAGCCCAACCACCAGUUGGUCGAGAACAUGAUAGUGGUCUACACACACCGUCAGAUCCUGCACCCGCACCGCGUCAAGUUGGACUUGGAGCUGCUCUUCGGUCAAUCAUUACUAAACGCGGUCAUUUUUUUUUUUGCUCUACCUAUCCUACUUGGGUUUACCGGUAAAAACUCGUGCCCACUCGGUUGUUGAAGGAUCAUUUUUUCGUGGCUUUGAGGGAGAUAUGACUGACGGGUAUGUGGGUUAAAAAAAAUGCAGUUUGAAUAAAAGAACAGGAAGUCAUGCUUAAAUGAAGGUCUCUGUGAAAAAAAGUCUAGCAGCAUUGCUGUGUUUCUUUUCUGUGUUGUAUGCAUGAGUGACUCGUGCCCACAGUGACUAAUGGACAUGCAUGACAGCUGCGGAGCUGAACUUGAAGCGGUGUCGACAGGGGCCAUGUCGUACGGUCCCGGUUCCAGCACCAGGCGUGAGGGCCCGAGCCGCGGGGGAAGCGGCGCUCUGGACGGCCGGGCGUGCCGGUGCGGGCACGGUGGCAUCGCCCAAAGUGAUGAACCAUCUCCGACAGUUCUCCGCACCGUUGAACACGAUCAUCCCUGUUACUUAGAUACACAGAGGAGGAAUUAUCAGUUCAUCAACAUGCAGAGGAACAAACCACCAGAUAUCAGAACUACAUCAAUGGGAAUUGACCCCAGACGGGUCACACGAAUUUCUUGGAUUAUUAUUUUGUUUUGUGUUGCGAGCUGGCCCCUGGCAACUGAGGGACUUUUUGUAAAUGUUCAGGAAUCCGUGAAUGCGUCGGCAGGGGAGCCGACGACUAUUCCAUGUAGUUACACAGACGAUAAACAAGAGACCAGCACCUUGAGUGUUCGAUGGACACGGAUUUUGGGGAACGGACCCACCGAGGUUCUCCUGACAAAAACGGGUUCGUCUAUAGAAGGGAAAUGGUAUGAGGAAGAACGUGCAACAGUCGUCGACCAGGCAGCGUUGAGGAUUUUUAUAGUCUCCAGUCAAGACGCUGGAAAAUACACGUGCACCAUCGGAGGAACACCAGGAACUACUGAGCUUUUUGUUGACAGUACACCAACAAUUCAACCAGAGUUGCGAGAACUCGUACUCACCGUGGGGCAGAUGCUAGAACUGACGUGCAUCGGGGCAGGCACGCUGACAUGGAGCUGGCCGCAGCACGACGAACAGUCCAUCACGUUCUCCCGAUUUUACGACCCAUCAUCUGGAUGGCAAACAAGCGAGUUGCGAAUCCGGCAAGCGUCCGUGUCGGACACCGGGGAGUAUCGUUGCAUCUCGGACGACAGGUGGCCAUCGGAACCAGUUUACGUUUAUGUCACCAGAGAAGACGGGCCGCUAUUUUUGGACGCUGAGCAAACAGACCUAGUUCACUUCUGGGACGAGCCCUCCCUCAUCCCCUGCCGGCUGGCCAUGCCCAACGCUACCGUCACUUUGCAACCCCAGGAGAUGUUUGACCCCGAGGUCAUGACCUAUGACCCCAGACGAGGCUUCGCCUUACAGGCCAGGAUGCCGGAUUACAGCGGCAAUGUCUCGUGUCGCGCCACCAUCGGAAACCUGACAGACACCCAGAAUUUCACGGUUAAUUACGUCGUUAAACCCAAACUGUCUGUUGAGAGCCCCGAAGAAACGAUUCUCGAGCACGGCGAGCUGGAGCUGAUAUGCAGCGGCAGCCUGCCCAUACAGUGGUUCACACCCAGCGGUUUGGAUGCCAGACUUCAAAUCGUCCACUCGCUAAGCUACGCCCCCUCCCAGCCUCCCACGUACCAGAGCACGCUACGUCUGGCCGACACGCUGUAUACAGAUACGGACGAGUACGCCUGUAAAUACGACAGAUACAUGGAGUUUGAACAACCCGAAUUGGAAUCCAGUGUUUAUGUUUUUGUCAAGUCGAAUGACGUGGAGCACUUUUUUCUACCGCCUCAUGAUAACAUCGUCCACCUCAAGACGGGCGUUGAGAGCUUCACUGUGCCUUGCCGAGUCAGCGACCCAAACACCACCCAGCCGGUCACCAUCAGUGCCUACUUCACGGAGACCAUCAUUGAGUUCCAAAACUUUAUCACGGACUGGAAUGUGAACUUUGACCCCAAGGUCGGUUUCCAGGUUAGCCCGAACCCCGACACGCAGCCCAUCCAGAAACUGACGGUCUUUUGCAAUGCUGAGUUUGAGGACGGCACCCAGGAUGUGGCGUUUAAAGUUGUAGUAGAGGGGGCACUAGAGAACUACUUCCAGACAAAAAUUGAGCCGUCAGCAAGUCGGCUCGUUCAGGGGAUGGGGUCGUACAGUUUUGCCUGCACGGUAUCAAUCCCAUUCUUUGAAUAUCCUAGUUGGACCCUAGACUACAAACCACAGGUGGAGUUCACCUUCCCAAAUCAGGAACAGGACAAGGCGCAGAACAACACCAAAGUACGAGAAACCCAAGAAAUCAUUCCGCCCAAUGUAAUCUUUGGGAGCGAGCUUACGCUCAGUCAGGUCAGCCUGCGCAACAACGGGACCUUCAAGUGCCGUAUCUUCAACAUUGAGCGGACAGUGACGCUAAACACCUCCUUGCUCGUUCUGGAGGAAGGAAUCGUGGAGCUGAUGCACUACCCGCCCGACCAAGAAACAGUCGAGGCGGUCGAGGGUCAAUCACAAGUCUGCCUCCAAGCUCAGAUGAUGUCGUUCCCCGUCGCCCAGUAUUGGUGGAGUAAAAACGGCGUCAACCAGACGAACGAGGCAGCGCCCCGCUUCACCGCGCUCGAAGAAUCGCAGCCUGUGGGCGACACGCUCCUCGUCUCCGGAUGCAUAUCGAACCUGACGGUGGAUGACGGCGGGUCGUACGACGUGAUUGCGGCCAACGAGUACCACACCCGGACGCUUACCAUUCAACUCUCUGUUCUCGAAAUUCCGGAAGUCAGCCUGACUGUUUCACCAGACCCCAUCUACCAGGACCCGCCCCUCUACUACACGGAGCAGAACUACAGUCUGGUCUGCCGCGCCCGCGGCCGUCCCGCCCCCGUCCUCACUUGGCAGUGGCAGGCCUGCCCGGACCCGCUCUGCAACUCAACCGCCUUGCAAACCGACGAAAUCCCCUGGGUGCCGGUCGAAACCCAGUCGUGGGCGCAGGCGCGGUUCCAACCUACCUCCAAGUCCAACUGGAGUUCGGAGUCGGUUUUGAGUGUGUGGAUGCCGCCUAGGUCCGGAGUGUUCCGCUGUGUCGGCCGGUCUCCGUCCAACCGAAUUCAAGAUGUGGCAUACGACGUCUUAGAAUACAGACUCACCGACUUGAGGUUCAGUCUGCACGCUGCCCCAGAGCUGAAACCCGUCUACACUUUUGACCAGGCCAGCCUGGUGUGCAAGACUAACAUCUACGCGUUCACCGAGGACGUCACUUGGGACUGGACCCGGGCCAGUAACUCGUCGGCAGAACCCAUCCCGAUCGGCCCAGACGAUGAGAGAGUCACGCGACUCGGAAGAACGGGGUACCAUUACUCGACGGAGCUGACAAUUAGCGCUGCCUUGGCCAACAACAUGGGGUUGUACCGCUGCACGGCAAAGAAACGGAGCACCGGCGAAAGCGUGGUUGUUUACCAAGUUCAGCUGAUUGUAAAAGAAAUUGUUCCACCCACUUUUACCAAAGAACUGCAACCGACGUACGAGCUGGACAAGAAGAAACAAGUCCCGUACGACUUCGUCCUCGAAUGCGUGGCCACGGGGGACCCACUCCCCGAUGAAGUCGACUGGUCCAAAGACGGCCACCCGAUCACGGCGCAAAACGGCAGCGUCGCGGACCUGGAAACGUUCCGCGCCAUGAACGACACGCUGGUCUCAACGUUGUUUCUGGCGCCAGAGAUUACCCCAGCCCACGGGGGGAUGUACGAGUGUUUUGUCAAGAACAACGGUGGGAAUGUGUCAUCACAGGGACAAGUACUCCUCCAAGAGAGUCCAACAGCCGUCAUUAGCGAGGACGUCUACACUCGCAACGUCGGCGACAACCUGACGAUACCCUGCGACACGACCGGUGAGCCCUCGCCUGACAUCGUCUGGAAGAAACUGCCACGAGGCACCAGCGAGCAAGAAGACGUGCCCACCAGACUGUACGACAACAGCGCGAAGGCGCUUGUCUUCAAGCGACUGCAGGAGACCGAUAACGGGGAGUACACGUGCAUCGCCCAAAACCAGCACGGCCAAGACCAGGACACCGUAACCCUUGUCAUCCACAGGGAGAACUCGUACCUCAUGCCGCUACUUGCCGGCGGCAGCAUUGCCCUUAUCAUCUUUCUGAUUCUACUCAUCCUAAUGAUAGUCAUGGCCAAACGGAAUUGCCGAUUGGCUCGGAAGGCCAAGCGCAAUUCCGAGGGUAUGGAGCUGGGCCUGGUCAACCCCCGGUCCCCGCGAGUGCCCAUGUCUCCGUUCCGCAUGUCCUUCAAGGAGGAGUUCGGGGACCAGCUGCCCUUCGACUCCAAGUGGGAGUUCCCCCGCGAUCGACUGAAGCUCGGCUCUGUGAUUGGUCAGGGAGCGUUUGGCAUGGUCCUUAAAGGAGUGGCAGCCGGGAUAAACAAGAACGAGAAAUACGUCCCGGUGGCUGUCAAAACUGUCAAAUCUGACGCAAGCUACGUCGACCGUAAAGCGCUUUUCGGAGAGCUGAAGAUGCUCAUCCAAGUCGGGCACCAUCUCAACGUUGUCAACUUCCUCGGCGCCUGCACGCAAGAUUCACCGCCCCUGGUCAUCGUAGAGUUCUGCCCCUACGGCAACCUGAGUGACUACCUGAAAUCCAAGCGUGACACCUUCCAGCCCACCAAGUCGCCGGCGGUCAAGAGCGAGCAAGAGGAGAACACGGAGAACGAGCUGAACUACGCCGACCUGUGCCUGCGGGAGGCCUGCGUCAGCGAGCCGCCGGCCGCGGAGUACGAGCUGAUUGACAAGGAGGCCAAGCGGAUGGCCGAGAAAUGCUUGUCGGUCGAAGACCUGGUCUGCUUUUGCUUCCAAGUGGCCCGGGGAAUGGAGUUCCUGGCAUCCAGAAAGUGCAUACAUCGGGACAUGGCAGCUCGCAACGUGCUUCUCGGAGGAAACAAUGUUGUCAAAAUUUGUGACUUUGGACUCUCGAGGAGUUUUUAUCACGACACAGACUACAUUGGAAGUGGCAAGGGCCUACUGCCAAUUAAGUGGAUGGCGCCAGAAGCAAUCUUUGACAAGAUUUUCACCACCUACAGUGACAUAUGGUCUUUCGGGGUGUUCACGUGGGAAGUGUUUUCCCUCGGUGGGUCCCCGUAUCCCGGCAUCCAAGUGGACGAGAAAUUCUACGACAAGAUGAAGUCCGGCUAUAGGAUGAGCUGCCCGGAGCACGCACCCAGAGAAGUCUACCAACUCAUGCUGGAGUGUUGGAGUGAUGAACCCAAGGACAGACCCAUGUUCUCGGAGCUCGCCGAGCAAUUCGGGGAGCAGUUGGAAUCGAACACGAGACAGGAGUAUAUUGAUCUGAAUAUACCCUACCAGGAGGGCCAGUAUUGCGAGUUGGACUUUGGAAAACUCUCCAUCAAUAAAAAACAGGACACCGUCGCAGAAGAAACCGAAACUAUGCAACCAUCGUCGGACGACAAGACGACUGAUGAUGCUGCCGUGGAUCACUUCCACGACCCCGCGUAUCACAAGGGACCCAAGAACGACACGCCGGGUCCCGCGGAUGAGAACGUGCCAACAAACUCUUACCAACCCCCGCCGCUACCGGAGAACCGGGAAGGGGGAAGCCGCCCUUCAAGUUCUGAAAUCGUCGGGGAGACUUGCCCCCUGCAUAAAUACGCCGCGAUCCCGGAAACCCCGGAGACUCAGGAAAAUUUGGAGGGCUCCCCCAAACCCAAAGUGCCAUUGCUGGAUAGCUUGCCAGAGGAUCCAUACCGGAGAGGAACUGACGAACAGCUCCAUACUUACACCUCCCUGAGAGGGGCACGCCCCGGCACGUUAAGCACAGACUAUCCUCCCGCCAAUGGCGUCGUUGCUGGGUCAAAUGAAAGCAAAGUUGAUAAUCUGCCCUCGCCAGACGACAGCAAUAAACUUCACAUGUACGCUUCGAUAAAGGGUUCGCGGCCCGAUACUCUAUCCCCGACAGACCCUGAAAAGGGCCUGGAUAGGAACCACUUGUACUCCUCCAUCAAGGGGUCGCGGCCCAACACAACCCCCGAUGUGACCCCAGAGGUCAAAGGCAAAGAUUUUGACCUUCCAGAAGAGGAGCUUUCGCUCUUGGGCGGACCAAAACUUCCCGAAAGGGAUUUUCAGUCGAUGUCGCUGGGUCGGUCACUCGACGGAAGGUUUCGGGCACAGAAGCCGCUGUUGCCAAAGCGGGAUUUUUCGACGACGUCCUGGUCACCGGAGACAGAAACGUUGCUGUCAGGUCCAAAGUCACAGGACGCAGAUGCGCAACUGCAGCCAGUUUAUGUCUGAGCCCGGACUCCAAUGAGGAUGCCAGACUAAAGAUUUAAAUUGCGCAAAAAGAUGGAAAUAAGACAAAAAAGUUUGUUUGACAAAGGUCUUAGGCCAAAGACUGCUGAAGUUUUGUGUUUCGACUGAUACUUUUAGUAUCAACUUAUGAAAAAAGUACUUGAUGGUUUGAAUAUUUUUGUUUAUUUUUGUAUUUAGAGAUAUCAGAAUUAUAUUUUAUUUAUUUGUAAAGUUUUUAAGUUGAUAAUUUUGGAGACGACAUUUUACUCUGUACUGUCUGAAAUGUGAUGAAUGAGCUACAGUCGUUGCAUUGGAUACAAGUCUAUGCAACGAUGUAAAUGCUGAAAUUUUACAGACCUAAGCAGAACAAAAUUGCUUAGAUUAAAAAGUAAAAAAAAAAAAAGUGACAACCAGCCAAUCCGGUGUUCGAUUGUGUUAUUAUUUGGUUGGUAACCAAACAUAUAUGCUAAGCAUUUUUUUAACUAAAUAAUCUUACUAUGAAAAUGUUCCCAUUUGCCCAGAGGGAUUCUUUUGUGUUCCUAUUGGCUCCAUGCAGGAAUAAAAUAUAGAGGGCGCUUUUGUUACCACUUUCGUAGCUCUGUGGAUUGGACACACCGCAUGCGCGUACUGGCUUGCGCGCGUAUAGCACAAAGUACGCAGGACUUAUUUUAUUCGGACUGUGCGCAAUGCCAAAGCGUCUUCGCGUGAGCGUCAGGCGUCAUCGGCAAUGCGUUCGAAUGUCUCUUCCAGUGGUCUCCCCCAACUCUCCUUUUCUUGCCGUUGAGGGGGUACUUGUGCCUAUUCUAUAUGAAAUAUUUCAAUAUGUGACAAUGUACAGCUAUUUUAACUUAAUAUUGGUGCUUUAAUUUUUAACCUUAUAGAGGUUGUAAAACACAUGGAGUUGUGGGAGGAAUGGGGCAGGGCGUAACAUAUAGAUGCAGCAUCAGUAGUUGCUUGUAGUACAUGUACUUGUAUCUCAUGGUUUCUGAAAAUAAAUUCAACUCCAAAGAAACCAUGAAAUAGAAAUGAAUACAGAGGGAACUGUAGAUAUAAAUAGCAUAAGCAGAAACUUGAAUAUUUCAUUGAAUAUUCUUUAUAUAACAUUUUUUUACUCAGCAUUUCAAAAUUUGAAUUUUUGAACAUUUUUCUUGAUGCAUGCAUGUUUCAUCAGAGAGGUCAUUUGUCAAUUGAUAGGUAAUUGAUUUUUAAAUGUUUAAAUAUUCAUAUAUUUUUAAUCUUGCCAUAAGGAAUUUUUGUCAUUUUUAAAGACAAUGGUUUUAUUUUAGACCUGGUGCUAUUGUCUCAUUUGAAUCAGUGUUUCAAAAAUCUUUUCAAACUUUCUGUGACCUAAGACCCAUGACACAUGCAGUUUGAUUGGCCUUCAGACUUAGGGGUGAAAUGGUUUGAGCUAGGGUCAGAUAGUUUGACGUGUUGGUUUCAUAUGGUCUGAUCUGGGGUCAGAUGUUUGAUCUGGGCUCAGACGAUUUGACCUAAGCUCAGAUUGUCCAACUUGGGGUCAGAUUGUCUGACCUGGGGUAAGAUGGUUUUGACCUGGGGUCAGAUAUUCAACCUGGGGUUAGAUGGUUUGAUCUGGGGUCAGAUGGUCUGGCCUGGGGUCAGCUAUUCGACCUGGGGUUAGAUGGUUUGAUCUGGGGUCAGAUAUUUGACCUGGGGUUAGAUGGUUUGAUCUGGGGUCAGACUGUUUGACCUGGGAUCAGAUAGUUUCAGCUGGGAUCAGUUGCAUUGAACCUGGGCUUGGCUAGUUUGACAUGGGGUCAGAUGGUUUGACCCGGGGGUCAGAUAGUCAAAAGCCAUAUGGUAUGACCUACAUAUUGUUUUUUGGCCUGGAGUAAAAUUAAUUGACCUUGGGUCAAAUUGUAUUUUCAUAGAAUUCCAAAACAUCAGUUGGAUAUUCAUGCAAUGACAUGUGUACCCUGAGCUUAGCCUCUGCUCAAGUCUGGAAAUAUGGUUUCUCUCUUAUUCUGAGUUUCUCCCCAUUUUAAGUAGGGGAAAACUUGAACACAUAUAAACCUCACAAUAAAGUCAACCAACUCGAACAGAAAUGAAUGGACAUAUCUGUCUGUAAAGUAGGCCUGUAAAUAUUUUAUUUCAGAAAAAUAUUCAACAGCUUUUACGAUACAUUCCUUUUAUUCUGUGAAUAGGUGAACAUUUAUUAUCCAAGAAUUUGUUUUUUGACGUACAAUUAAAACAGCUGGACUAUCAAAACGACUGUCAAAAAUU